AUGGCUAGAACCACUCGCUCUUCGGCUGCAAAAGCUGGUGCUGCUGCUGGUACAAGUGAAGUCCAGGACGAGCCUCAGCAGCUUUCCAGCCCUCCGCCAAGUCCUGCGCUCGCGGAAAAGCAGGCACCCAAGAGAAGAACUCCUGCCCGGAAAACUGCGCGAACCGACAAGAAGGACCACGUGAAGAAGGAGCCCGCCACGCCAAAUACCUCACGCAAGCGCACAAGAACCGCCGCCAAGGAGGAGGAAGAGGCGGACGAAGACAACGACGAGCUGCCUCACAAUCUUGGCAAAGCGGCAACAGCUCAGGAGUCGAAGGUCAAGCAAGAGGCCGAGCCAACGCCUAAGAAAAGAAAGACGCGCAACGCGACCAAGAAGGCCGAGCUCUCAUCUGCACUCGAGGAAGCCAAACCACUGGUAACCAAACUCGCUCAGCUAUCGGGGAAGAACGACAUCGGCGACCCUACUGCCUCUGCCGCGCCCGAGGAAACCCCCAAGAAGCGGACGAGCAGCGCGAAAAAAGAAAAGUCGAACAACUACGGCCUGAAGAAAGGCGAGACGCCCUACCCCGACUGGCCCCACCCCACACCUGCGGAAUGCCAAGAAGUCGUCGACGCACUCAGCAAAGUGCACGGCAAAGUCACCGCCCCCAAAGAGAUACCAAUCCCCUCCCUCACCGUGUCCGGCUGCGGCGAGGUCCCCAGCGUGCUGGACGCGCUAAUCCGCACGCGUCUCAGCGCCGCCACAAACGGCGCAAACAGCAGCCGCGCCUUCAAAGGCCUCGUCGAGCGCUUCGGCGUCCUGCAGUCCGGCGUCGGGAAAGGCUCGGUCGACUGGGACGCAGUGCGGCGCGCGGACCUCGCGGACGUGUUCGAGGCGAUCAAGAGUGGAGGCCUCGCGGACGUGAAGAGCAAGGACAUCAAAAAGAUCCUCGACAUGGUGUAUGCCGAGAACCAGGCACGGCGGAAGGCGUUGACCACGUCGUCGUCUGCAAUGCCCGCCGGUGCAGAGAACUCGUCCAAGGAAGCCACGGACGCCGAGAUCGCGCGUGCGGACGAGGGCGUCCUGAGCCUCGACCACCUGCACCAGAUGGAGAGCGAAGACGCGUUUCAGCACCUCAUCAAGUACCCCGGCAUCGGCCCCAAGACCGCCAGCUGCGUGCUGCUGUUCUGUCUCCAGCGCCCCUCCUUCGCUGUCGACACGCACGUCUUCCGGCUGUGCAAGUGGCUCGGGUGGGUGCCGCCGGACAAGGCGACGCGCAACACGACCUACGCGCAUUGUGAGGUUAGAGUCCCGGAUGAACUCAAGUACCCGCUGCACCAGCUGCUGAUCAAGCAUGGCAAGUCGUGUCCGAGAUGCAGGGCUAUCACGGGGGAGAGCAGCGAGGGCUGGGGUAAGGGGUGUCCGAUUGAGCAUUUGGUUAAGAGGGUUGGGGGGAGGAAGGGGGGGAGUGGUGGGCCGAGUCCGGCGAAGAGGAAGGGGAAGGCGAAGAAGAGGGGGAGGCAGGAGGAGAGUGAAGAGGAGAGCGAGUUGAGUGAUCUUGGGACUGAGGAGGAGAGUGUGGUUGAGGAGGAGGUGGAGGAGAUGGAGGACUAG